AUGGGCAGCCUCUUCUUCUUCUUUGUCCUUCUACUUUCACUGUUUCCUUGGUCUCACUCUUUCUAUGGCGAUGUACCUAAGGAUUUUAAGAAGGGAGAUACUAUGGAAGUGAAGGUUAAUAAGCUAUCAUCCACGACACCGCUUCCCUAUGACUACUAUUCCCUUAGUUACUGCAAGCCCCCAGUAAUCAUCAACAGUGCUUUAAGCCUUGGAGAAGUUCUUCGAGGUGACCUCAUCAAGAAUUCAGUCUAUACUCUUAAGAUGAGAGAGACAGAAUACUGCAAAGUUGCAUGCCGUGUGAAACUAGAAGCUACUUCUGCCAAAAAGUUCAAGGAGAAAAUUGAUGAUGGAUAUGGAGUUAAUAUGAUUCUUGAUGAUCUUCCUGCUGCAGUUACAUUCGACGUGAGUGAGUGGCAUGGGAAUAAAACAAAGAUAGCAGUAAAUGCACUCCCAGUUGGCUGGAAGGAAUAUGGCUAUGCUACUGAAGUGCCAGUUGGCUGGAAGGACUAUGGCUAUGCUACUGAAGUGGGUAACGAGGAAAGACAUUUCAUUUACAACCACCUGAGAUUCACCGUCACGUACCAUGAGGAUCCAGUGACUAAGUUUUCCCGCAUUGUUGGUUUUGAGAUUACACCAUACAGUGUUAAUCAUGAGUACAAGAAGUGGGAAAAUGAGAAAACUGAGUUGUUCACCUGCACAAGCAAUUCUGACCUUUUAAUCAGUGGCUUACCACAAGAGGUUGAUACUGAUAAAGAAGUUGUCUUCUCAUAUGACGUAUUGUUUGAGUCCAGUGAUGUAGAGUGGGAAUCGCGAUGGGACUCGUACCUCUCCAGUGGUAAUCAAAUCCAAUUGUUAUCUUUGAUCAACUCAUUGUGGACUCUGCUUCUUCUUUCUGGAGUAGUAGCCAUGGUUGUGGUGAGAAAUCUUUACAAGGAUAUCAACAUCUACAAUCAGUUGGAGACACAAGAUGAGGCUCAGGAACUACUAGGAUGGAAAGUAGUCCAUGGUGAUGUUUUCAGGACACCCCACAAUGCUACUUUAUUGUGUGUUUGUGUUGGCAAUGGUGUCCAACUCUUUGGGAUGAUGCUCACCGCAAUCAUCUUUGGUUUGCUUGGUUUCCUUUCACCUUCAAACAGAGGUGGGUUGAUUACAGCAAUGGUUCUUUUGUGGAUGUUCAUGGGCUUAUUUGGGGGAUACUACUCGGCGCGCUUGUUCAAGAUGUUUAAAGGCACGCAUUGGAAGAAGAUUGCAUUCAAGACAGCCUUUAUGUUGCCUGCUACAUUUUUCGGAAUACUUUUCAUGUUAAAUGUCUUAAUGUGGGGGGAGAAAUCAUCAGGUGCAAUGCCAUCUGGGACAAUGUUUUCUCUGCUGCUCUUGUGGUUUGGGAUAUCGGCGCCAUUGGUUUUCUUAGGCAGCUACUUGGGGUUCAAAAGACCACCAAUUGAUGAUCCUGUUAAAACUAAUGAAAUCCCAAGACAGAUUCCUGAACGACCUUGGCACAAAAUAAAGCAGCUCUUGUCUGUGCUCUUCGCAGCCAUUCUACCACUUAAUGUAGUGCUCAAUGAGUUCCUCUCUAUCUGGAAUUCUAUAUGGCCAGACCAAUACUCUUUUGGCUUCCUCUUCAUGACAUUUGUUAUACUUCUAGUCACUUGUUCCGAGAUGGCAAUUCUACUGUGCUACUUCCAACUUCGCAGCGAAGAUUACAAUUGGUGGUGGAGAGCAUACUUGACCAUUGGCUCCUCUGGUCUGUACAUGUUUGCAUACUCCACAUUCUAUUUCUUCACCCCUCUGGAGAUUGAGAAGUUUGUUCCUGUCAUCAUCUAUUUCGGGUACAUGUUAAUGGGAUCCUUUGCAUUCUUUGUCCUGACGGGGACAAUAGGCUUCUGCGCCUGCUUCUGGUUUGUUAGGAAGAUCUAUUCUUCUGUGAAAUUUGACUAA